GAACAAAAAAGAAAAGGGGAACCCGGCACCAACUUUGAAAAAUUGGUGAGAAAGCUUGGAAUUUCUCCUCCUUUCUUGUCCAAGAACCUGAUUUGGAACCUAGAAAUCUUCCCCCCCUGCUGGAAAAGCCGGAUCUGCCCUGCUCUGCUUUGUCCUUCCGCCGGCUGCUCUUGAUUGUGGGUGAUUUCUGGGCAUUUUUUUUGGGUAAGAACAGCCCCUAAUUCCUUUGUUCUUGCUUGAAUUGGCUUAGGUUAACUUUGAUUGCUCUUAUUUCCUUCAAUGUUGGGUAGUUCCCGUGAAUUUCUCCCUUGCACUGCUGCCGGCUUCUUCCCCCUACUAGGUCCGGUUCUUGCUGGAAAAUUUUGGUAUGUGACAGCCUUUUAAGGCUUAAAUUGUCCAUUUAGUUUGCUGCCUUGUAUGUCCGAAUUGUGUUGGAAAAAUGGGGAAAUUCCGGUAGCAAUUAAGAGGGAUUUAAGUGUGUUUUGUUGCUUAAUUCAAGUGAGAUUUAUGUGAUUGAGUGUUAGUUAAUUGUUGUGAUUUUUGGAGAGAAAAUCCUGUGAGAUUAGCUAGUGUUUUGGCCAAUUUGUGGAAGUAGAGUUACUGUUCACGUCGGGGUACUGUUCACGGGUACUGUUCACCGACACUGUUCACACCCCGAGGGCCAACAAUUAAUGGGAAUUUAAGUGAUUAGUUUGUGAUAUGAGAACGAAUUUGGAGACGUCCGAUCAUGUGGAGAUUGAUAGGAAUUAGUAUCGUGAUUAAGGAGUCUUAAUGAUGAUUUCAGUUUGAAUUUAUGAUAGUGCGAUAAUUAAUUAUUGGGUAUCUUGAUUAGGUUCUUGAUCGUUCUGUCAGUUAGCAUUGAGAUUGAGUGCUCGGUUUUAUGCGAGUGAGGUAAGUAAAUUUAUGGUAAUGCCCGUACUGUUUUGAAAGCAUGUUUUGAUUUGUUUUUGAAGUGGUGGCGGGACUAAACCCGUUUUACACAAGUAUGACUGAUUUGAAGUGAAAUGUUUUGUGCUUUUCAUGAAAUUGAGCAUGCCUACUUGAAAUUUAAGUGACUGUCCUGAUGAUUUGAAAGUGAUUGUGAAUCGUGAUUUUUCUGUUAACUUCUUCCUGUUUUGUCUCCGAUAUGGUCAUGUUAUUCGUGUGCCCACUAGUGGGAGGUUUAUAAACGCUAGCACAUGUC